UCAGCUGGGACGCUUCGGAGUGGAGUCAGGAAAAGGCGCAGCUUGUUGCCAAAGCAUGUUGCUCGAUCGGGAAAAAAGUGGCACCGAAAUUUAGUUAAUCACAAUCUGCCAUGAGAAGAGUCACGCUCUUUGUCAACGGGACGUCCUCAAACGGGAAGGUGGUGGCCGUGUACGGCUCUCUGGAUGAUCUGCUGUCGGUGGCCAGCUCAAAGCUUGGAAUAACAGCCUCUAGUGUUUACAAUGGGAAUGGCGGCCUCAUAGACGACAUAGCACUGAUCAGGGAUGAUGAUGUGCUCUACAUCUCAGAGGGAGACUCCUUUGAAGACCCUCAGGAGGAGCUCAGAGGCCCUGACAAGUGCCAGACUCACACUGAUUGGCUGACGCUCAAUGUUGGGGGACGCUGCUUCACCACAACUAGGAGCACGCUGGUCAGCAAAGAGCCGGAGAGCAUGCUGGCACACAUGUUUAGAGACAAAGAUGUUUGGGGGAACAAGCAGGACUCACAGGGGGCGUACCUGAUAGACCGCAGCCCUGACUACUUCGAACCCAUUCUUAACUACCUGAGACAUGGACAGCUUAUCAUCAACGAAGGCAUCAACCCACUGGGUGUGCUGGAAGAGGCUCGUUUCUUUGGGAUUGAACAGCUGGCUGAUCAGCUGGAAACUCUCAUAAAGUCUUCUCAGCCCCCCGAUGACCACUCUCCUCUGACCAGGAAGGAGUUUAUUCGAUUCCUUUUAGCCACAACUACCAAAUCAGAACUGCGUUGUCAGGGCCUGAAUUUUGCUGGUGCGGACCUUUCACGUCUAGAUCUGCGCUAUAUCAACUUUAAGAUGGCCAACCUGCGAGCUGCCAACCUGACCCAUGCCAACCUGAGUGGUGCAAACCUGGAGAGGGCAGACCUGUCCUUGGCUUGUCUUGAUGGGGCCAACCUGCAGGGUGUGAAGAUGCUCUGCACUAAUGCUGAGGGAGCAUCUCUGCGUGGCUGUAAUUUUGAAGACCCAGCAGGAAUCAAGGCUAAUUUGGAGGGAGCCAACUUGAAAGGUGUGGACAUGGAGGGAAGUCAGAUGACGGGUAUCAACCUGAGGGUAGCCACACUGAAAAAUGCCAAACUGAAGAACUGCAAUCUGAGAGGGGCGACACUGGCUGGUACCGACUUGGAGAACUGUGACUUAUCGGGAUGUGAUCUUCAGGAGGCCAACCUGAGGGGCUCCAAUGUGAAGGGAGCCAUCUUUGAGGAGAUGCUGACUCCCCUACACAUGUCGCAGAGUGUUCGGUAAACCAUCGUCCUCCAUACGCACACGUCGCCAUGAAGCCCUCCGUUUUUUAUACUUCCAGUUCUCCAUAUGCUAUGUAAGCCUUCUGAGACAUUAAAAUUAAGUUGCGUGUCCUUUAAGAUGAAAACAUGCGUUGUAGUAGCCGGCACUAUUAUUGACCUCAGCAGCUACAUUAGCCAAGCACGUUUUGGGACAGACCACGGUUCAAGACGGGUGUUUUUCUUCUUGCUUUUUCCUGCCAGAAUUGAAUUCUGUCCACAAAAAGUAAAAACCAUUUUCACCUCCGUAUAUCCACUGGUUCAAUUCCUAUGGGUGGCAUUUUGUGUUAAUUAGUACUUGACCCAAAACAUUGGAGUUUUCCUUUACAACAAAAUGGAAACGUCUUUUUUUGCCAUGAAUUUAUGGGCAAUGGGCAUUUUAUUUUCUAAAACACAAUGGUGAUGAAUUGUACUGUCAUGUGUGAAGCAGGCUUUUAUUUUAGGCCAGUGUGUUGUCUUUUUAUAUAUACAUUGUUUUUUAAUGUCAGUGAUUGACUGAUUGACUUUUAUGCAUUUCAACAAGCUUCCUUUCUGUGUUUACCUCCAACAACAAGCAAUGCUUGCUCAUGAUAAAUGCUUAUUGAAACCUUUUUUUUAUAUGUUGAGAAAGAAAAAUAAAGGCAAACAAAAUCGCUACAGCACAUUGUAACAAGAAAGAGUUCUGACAGCACAUUUCCAAUGCAAUGCAAUGGAAGAACAAACAAUGUAAAUGGAACAAUGACCACAAUAACUUCAGCAUGUGUACAAGACAGACACAUUUUAUGUCUGCAUCUGUUGUGACAUUGUAUUUAUUAUUUUGAAACGUUAAUAAAACAUGCUACAAAGGCAGUUAA